GAUUAAAGGCGUGCACCACCGCCCUGCGCUUCCAUGUCUUUCUAGACUCUUUCCUGGCCUGCUGCUGGAAGUCUUACGGAUACUGUGGAACUCCUGCCCUUAAAGGUGUUUUUGUGGCAUUAUCAGCCCUCUCCAUGUCCCAUGGGCUGCCCAGGAAGCGCCAGCCUAACACCUGUGCCUCCCCUUCCCAUUUCAGCAUUGAGUCAUUCAUGACUCUUUGUCCCACUCUGCUUGCUCGUGUUUCUCCUGGCUUUGUUGACAGUGUCGUUUCCAAACUGCUCUUUAUUGCCUUUUCAGAAGACCCAGUGGUGAGCCUCUAAAAAGUAUAGGGCGUAAGGACAGCACCUCAUCCCAUUCACACCAUCGCCCCAUUCGUGGAGUACAUGCCUAUCCCUGCCCAAAGCCAGCAGACCUUUCUGAAUUCAGGCCUGGCACACGGUGGGAUGAGUGAAGUAGGACACAGAAGUGGACAAAACUGCACUGGAAUCAUCAGUACUAUGAGAAAAGCAAGUCAGUGGAAAACCAAGUGCUAGGGUACUGUCACGGCCCUGCUCUUCAUUGGUCAGGUCAAGUCUCUGGACUGCCCAACCCUGAUCUAAGGGUCCCUAGCAGUUUCUCAGAGUAUAUGACUCUAGGAGAAAGUCGGGCCUGGAGAGGUCUUCUGGUGCUAUCUCCUGCCGUCACUCCUGGCUCUGUUCUUGGUGCUGCUCUGCCUACUGCCAGGCACCCUUGUACUUCAGGAGAAUCUGUCCUGCCAAGUCAGAACUGACCUGUUAGGGCGCUGCCGGCAUCCUCACCUAUUCUUCCCCUGCAUGCCAAUCACCUGAGAAAAUAUGAAUUCAAGUGAAGAUUGUGAUCCGGGGUGACAGAAACACUGGCAAGACUGCUCUGUGGCAUCGACUGCAGGGCAAGAAAUUUGUGGAAGAGUACAUCCCCACACAGGAAAUCCAAGUCACCAGCAUCCACUGGAACUACAAAACCACUGACGAUGUAGUGAAAGUUGAAGUCUGGGAUGUAGUUGACAAAGGAAAAUGUAAAAAACGAGGUGAUGGCCUGAAGACGGAGAAUGACCCCCAGGAGGCGGAGUCUGAAAUGGCUCUGGAUGCCGAGUUCCUGGACGUGUACAAGAACUGUAAUGGGGUGGUCAUGAUGUUUGACAUCACUAAGCAGUGGACCUUCAAUUAUGUUCUCCGGGAGCUUCCCAAAGUGCCAACCCAUGUGCCAGUGUGCGUGUUGGGCAACUACCGUGACAUGGGCGAGCAUCGAGUCAUUCUGCCGGAUGAUGUGCGUGACUUCAUUGACCACCUGGACAGACCUCCAGGUUCUUCCUAUUUCCGCUAUGCUGAGUCUUCCAUGAAGAACAGCUUUGGCCUAAAGUACCUGCAUAAGUUCUUCAACAUCCCAUUUUUGCAGUUACAGAGGGAGACACUGCUGAGGCAGCUGGAGACAAACCAACUAGACAUUGAUGCCACCCUGGAGGAGCUGUCAGUGCAGCAGGAAACCGAGGACCAGAACUACAGCAUCUUCCUUGAAAUGAUGGAGGCUCGGAGUCGAGGCCAUGCAUCCCCUCUGGCAGCCAAUGGGCAGAGCCCAUCCUCAGGCUCCCAGUCGCCAGUUGUGCCUCCAAGUGCUGUAUCCACAGGGAGCUCCAGCCCCAGCACUCCCCAGCCUGCCCCCCAGCUGUCCCUCAGUGUCUCCUCCACCUGUCCCAAAGCACCAUCUCCUGUACCCCCUUUGGAGGCCACGCCCUCUUCUGUACACCCUUCAGCCCCAGCUCCAGCCCAGCGUCGCAGUAUCAUCUCUCGGCUGUUCGGGACCUCGCCGGCUGCUGACGUGACCCCUGCACCUCCAGAGCCAGCUCCAGCUCUAGAGGUCCCAGCAAAAGUCCAGAAUGUUGAGGAUUUUGUUCCUGAAGAUGGCCUUGACCGAAGCUUCCUGGAAGAUACAACCCUACCUAAAGACAAGAAUAAAAUUGGAGCCAAAGGCCCACAGCAGGAUAGUGACAGUGACGAUGGGGAAGCCAUCGGAGGGAACCCAAUGGUGGCAGGUUUCCAGGAUGACGUGGACAUAGAAGAUCAGCCACAUAGCAAAUCCCUGCUGUCCUCAGACCCCGUCCCCAGUAAGAAUAUCAGUCUUUCCAGUGAGGAGGAAGCUGAAGGACCAGCAGGCCAUCCCAGAGUGGCCCCUCAGCAAUGCUCGGAGCCUGAGACAAAAUGGUCCUCCACCAAGGCCUCACAUUCACGAAAGAAGGGAGCUCCCACACGAGCCAUACCCUCAUGGUCAGAUGGUCUCACCACUGGCUCAGGGCCCGACCACGGUGGUACCAAGCCACCCACUGAUGGCACUCCUAGACCCCAGGAAGGGAAAGACAAGCAAGUGUCGUCAGAAAGUGAUCCUGAGGGUCCCAUUGCUGCCCAGAUGCUGUCCUUUGUCAUGGAUGACCCUGACUUUGAAAGUGAUGAAUCGGACACACAGAGGAGAGUGGGGGGAUUCCCAGUAAGAGAAGAACUCUAUGAUGUGACCGAUGAGGACACUGGCUCUGCCCAGCCACCCCCACCCUCCAAACCCCCAGUCUCUGCUUUCAGACUGAAGAAUGACUCAGAUCUCUUUGGUCUGGGCCUGGAGGAGACAGGACCUAAGGAAAGCAGUGAUGAAGAUAAAGACGGCAAACUUCCCUCUAAAGAGAAGAAGAAAAAGAAGAAGAAAAGCAAAGAGGAGGAAGAAAAGGCUGCAAAAAAGAAAAGCAAACACAAGAAGAACAAGGAUAAGGAGGAAGGCAAGGAGGAUCGGAGGAAGAAGAGGAAGCCCCCUCGGAGCAAGGAACAGAAGGCUGCAGAUGAGCUGGAAGCCUUUCUGGGGGGCGGGGCUCCUGGCAGCCGCCACCCUGGAGGUGGGGACUAUGAGGAGCUUUAGGCUGCCAGAGGCAGUUGGUUUUCCUGGGAAGAGGGGAACUGCUAGUGACUGAUUUGGGGAGGCUGCUGCCUAUGCACCCACAUUCCCAGGACCACCCUGCCACCUAUGUCCCCCAGCCAUUGUGUCUGCCCUCAUUUGGUCUGGCCCACUCUACACUGAUUUUUGUGCUGAAGACCUUGGUGGUGGUCAGGCCUUGGGUCAGGCGCUGCAGGUGCUGGGCCUCAACCCAGUAGAAGCCUGCUCUGCAGGGAGGGAGGGGACAGAACAGAGUUGCAGCUGGCUUGGUGGACCACCUGGCCCUCUCCAUAUAGAGCUGCAUCCAGUCCCCGGUGUUUCUCAGGGAUGUGCCUGGGGCCGAGAAGGGACCCACCAGGGUCUGUUUACAGAGGCAGGGUGUGGGACUGCUUGACUUCUCAAAUGUCCACCACCCAGCCCCACUUCCUGCUUGCCUUCCUGAGCUCUCCCAGGGCCAUAGCAUGGCUUGGGUUGUGGACCUUCUUCCCCAUGGAUCCAGAGUAGAGCAGGGUCAUACCCUGAGCACAGAUGUGUACUCGGGAGGGUGUGGCAGCAUCUGCUACUGCAAAGUGGCCCAGACCCCGCACUGGUUAAGGCUGGCAAGAGAACACAAUGUACCACCUCUCCUGUGGGAGAGGCACUAACAGCUUGCCACUGUGUGCCAGCUGUGCCUCUGCCCAUUGAGCGCCUGCGCAGGUGAGCCUAGAGGGCGCCUUCUUAGACACUCCGCCCAGACUAUAAAGCUCUCCGAUUUUA